UUGGACAUAAUGUAACGGGACGGAACCGGAAGUCGCGGUGACGUAACAGCCGUUCUCUGCUACCUAACACCAGACAACCGCGAAGAGAGAAAAAAAACUUUGUAUAACUCGACGAAAGGGCCUCUAAAAAGUUGAUUAAAGUGCUGCCACAUGAUGGCGGUCCAGUCCUAAACCGAGCUCGUGUCACAGAUGUGGAGUUAGGGAUGAACUCGAGGUGUGAAAUCCAGCGGAGGCCCGGCGGCGGCGGCUUCAGCGGCAGCCCCGUCACCGGUUCCCCCGCUAUGGGAGCGCAAUCGCGCCGCAGGAAGAUGGCUCCCAGACCGGCAGAUUAUAAACUCCAGAUCAUCAUCAUCGGCUCCCGCGGUGUGGGAAAGACCAGCCUGAUGGAGAGGUUCACUGAUGAUACCUUCUGUGAGGCUUGUAAAUCUACCGUGGGUGUGGAUUUUAAAAUCAAAACCGUGGAGCUCAGAGGAAAGAAGAUCAGGUUGCAGAUCUGGGACACCGCUGGUCAGGAGCGAUUCAACAGCAUCACCUCCGCCUAUUACCGAGGCGCUAAGGGCAUCAUAGUGGUGUAUGAUAUCACCAAGCAGGAGACCUUUGAAGACCUGCCCAAAUGGAUGAAAAUGAUCGACAAGUACGCAUCAGAGGACGCCGAGCUCCUAUUGGUCGGGAACAAGCUGGACUGUGAGGCGGACCGCGUCAUUGCACGACAGCAGGCCGAGAGGUUUGCCUCACGGAUAUCAGGGAUGCGAUUCUGCGAGGCCAGCGCCAAGGACAACUUUAAUGUGGAUGAGAUCUUUCUCAAGCUAGUGGAUGAUAUUUUGAGCAAGAUGCCUCUGGAAAUGCCCAGUAGAGAACUUUCCAACAGCGUCCUUUCCCUUCAGCCCGAGCCUGAAGUGCCCCCAGAACUUCCGCCUCCUCGCCUACGCUGCUGCUGAGCCUCAUCUCGGUCCUCCUGCUCCAGAAAAGCCCCACCGUCUCCCAUCAGCCCCUGCAUUUCCAGCGACUAACCACCAGAGGGUGGAGUGCACCUGCACUGAGGCCUUCCAACCCGCAGGGAGCUGUGGACUCCAGGGCACGAGCAGCGGGGAGGGCCAUUCCAGGGGCAAGAACAUUCAGAUUAAUUCACCACGUUUAGACUUUCUGUGUACAAUGCCGCUGUUAGAUUUCCAACUACAUGAAAUCAAGACCGACGACUUCUGUUCUGACUGUGUAGCUGCAUGCACACCUACAAAUGCAGUGUCCUAUACUGUGUUUGAGUGUGUAUAAUAGUUCAGUAAGGAGGGGGGAAAAAAGACAUUUCAUAAGCUUUAGUUUUUAACGCCACACAUCACUCUGUUUAAGAACUCUGUAGCAUCUCAGCGAUCAAGUGCACUCUCAUGACCUCAAGAGUGUAUGUCUUGCAUUGAUUUGAAGCUGGGCCAGUCGUGAGCAUUCGGAUCAGAGUCCCUGAAUCCAACAGCUCCUCUUAUGUCCCGAGUGAUUUACCAUCCAGUAAAGAGUUUAGUUUAGGGGUGGCAUGUACGAUCCCUUGCUACACUAGGGCUUUCUGCUUUUUCUGCUACACCAUUUACGUUUACAUUUACGGCAUUUUGGCAGACACUCUUGUCCAGAGCGACUCACAGCGGCAGUCGGAACAAAUGCAAAGCAAUGUAGUUCACUGAUGGAGUAAGGACAGGUGAACUUUAAUUUGUGAGUUCACAAGCCCCUCUGUCUUUCAAAGGCAGGAUUGUGGGCUCUUCAGUGGGGGGAAAAAAACUGAAGAGCUGCUUAUUAUUAAGUAGCGGUCAAACCGAGCAGUCUUCUUACUGUUGCUUAGUGUACACUUAAAAAAAAGUAUUCCCAUCUCAUCCACCCACAUACCCUAAUGUUUUUGUGGAACAGUUCUGCUUCUCUCUCUCUCUCUCUCUCUCUCUCUCUCUCUCUCUCUCUCUCUCUGCCUGUCUGCCUGCCUCUCUCUCUCUCUCUCUCUCUCUCUCUCUCUCUCUCCGUCUCUCUCUGCCUGCCCCCUCUCUCUCUCUGCCUGCCUGCCUCUCUCUUCCUCUCUGCCUCUCUCUUCCUCUCUUUCUGCCUGCCUGCCUCUCUCUGCCUCUCUCUCUCUGCCUGCCCCUCUCUCUCUAUCUCUUUCUGCCUGCAUCUCCCUCUCUCUCUGCCUGCCCCCUCUCUCUGCCUGCCCCUCUCUCUCUAUGUCUCUCUGCCUGCCUGCCUCUCUCUCUCUCUCUCUCUCUCUCUCUCUCUCUCUCCCCCUCUCCACCUGCCUGUCUCUCUCUCUUUCUCUCUCUCCACCUGCCUGUCUCUCUCGCUCCCCCCCCCCCCCUCUCUCUCUCUCUCUCUCUCUCUACACCUGCUAGAAUUUUCUUAGCAAAUAUGCCAAAUGUACCAGAGACUAGAGUUCCCAAUUUAUUAUUUAGUUAUUUUCUGAUAGGGGAUGUGGUCAGAUGUCACAGCCUCUGUCUAUAUUCUUGUCAUGUUCUUGCACUACAAUCCACACUUGUAGCUGAGAUUUUCCAGGACAGGCUGUGUACAGAAAACUCGAAGCACUAAUACAUCGUAGACACUAGCAUUGCCAUUUCUGUUACUUUUGACUCAAUGGAAUUACACAAAAGGAGGGUUUUAUAGAGGGUGCUAAAAGAACUGGAAUUUUUUUUUUUUUUUUUUUUUUUUUAACCUAAAAGGUAUAAAGAGACGAGCCAAGUAGAUGACAUUAAUAGCGCCAACAAGAACACGGACCUUUGUUUCUGACUAAAUGUCACGUAAAUGGCUAUUAUGGGCUGUAUUCUAAAAAGGAUUGUUGAAUCCAAAUGCACCUCAUUCUGGAGCAUCUUACUUUGUUGUCACUGCAGAUAUUGCCAUGGGAACACACACAUUUACACAAAUAGCUAUUAUACUCGUGUCACGCCAUGAGUUGGAGGUGUCCUGUUGGUCUGCGAAGAUGCUGUGGAUUAUUUGAAUUGAUUUGCCUUUAUAACACACCUCAACAUUUUUUGUGGUGUGUGUGUGUGUUCCAGAAUUUGAAGCCUCCUGUAAUCACUAAUUAACAACAGGCACAAUAAUUUAUGAUGUGGACGAAAAUGGAGCAGUAUAUUAUAUAUUUUUUAUGAUUCGAGUGCACAUAAUCGUGCACAGAGAUUUCAAUGUGUUGAUAUGUAUUCACACCCUGCAUUAAACAAAAUACUCAGUAACUGCAUAAGGGCCUAAUGUGGCAGCUUUGGUUCUUAUUCUGAGAAACAGGUGUGUGUAUGUGUACUGAAAGUCUAACGCGCAGUCUUUCCACACAGACCACGUAUUCCAUUUUCAAGUUUAAUAUGAUUUCUAACAAAGGCUUUGUACACCUGUAAGGUUGUAAACCAACCUAAAAACCCGCAGUAUUUCUCAUGUUUCCUGACAUAUUUAAGGAAUGUGUACUAACCUGAAGGUUGCUUACUUUUUUUUUUUCUGUGUGUGAACGUGCCAGACUUGUUGAUGAAGGGCCUUUAUUUACCACUAAGUGCUUUUUACUUGACAACUUGCGUGCAUAAUUGUGUUUACUUCAGAUUUCCUUUGUUUGUAUUCUGCAGUCUUGAAAAAAUGAGUCAGAUUUACUAAGCUAUUGCUAGAAUUAUUUUCUGUCCCUAUUUUAAUUGUCUGUUUUUUUUUCUUAAAGGGAAAUUGGAAUUAUUGAUUUUACUUUUUCUUUCUUUUUUUAAUAUAUAACGUUUUAAGUCGAACUCCGUUUUUGAAGGAUUUUGAAGUCAUUUGAUUUGAAGUCAAACUCUUUUCUUUUUAUACAUGUCAGUAUUGCUGCAGGAACACUUGUAAUCAUACUUGGUAAAUCUGUCGCAUGGUUUUCGCUUGUUAUUGAACUUGAACAUGUCAUGGCCCAUAAAAAUAGUUCAUCCCACUGUGAGGAUUUCUAUAGUGAAGUAGCAAUAACUGCUGCAUUGUAUAGAGUAACCUUAUGUUCAUUCUCAUCACUUAUAGGACUAUUUUAGAAUUUAUGAUUCAGAACUUAUUAAAAAAAUUCAAUUAAAAAAAUGAAAUGGAUCCUCACUUAGAUGUUGAGGUGAGGAAGUGUACUUUGUAAUCUGAUUUUAGGUAUUUGAAACAGUUUGGCAUGUUUAAACUUUUUUUUGGUGAUAUUUAUAACUCGUGGUGUUCUUGAACUAAUGAAGUGGAAAUAAAAAUAUAUAUUUAUUACCUA